AUGCCAGCGGGCCUCCGAACCGUGAUCCUUCUCUCGUUUGUACUGGCGGUCGGAUUUUUGUUGAUAAUCCUGUCCUGCGCGCUAUGGCAAAACUGGCUCCCGUUGCUCGUCGCUCUGACCUUUGUCCUCGCGCCUCUUCCCAACGCUCUCUUUUCGCACUGUGGUAGUGACGACCUCGCUACGAGUUAUGACAAUGCAGGGCCCGCAGUCGACCUCGGCAGAUUUAUCACAUCUAUAUUCGUCGUGACAGGCUUUGCACUGCCUAUUGUGCUGGCGCAUUCAGAGGUCAUCGACCCAAAGGCGUGUGCAAUGUCAAUCGUAGGCGGAGGGCUGGUUUAUGCCACCAUCAUGGCCUAUUCGGCCGCCUUCAGCCAGGAAGAUUCCGACUAUGACUGA